UUUGCGCGUUUUCCAGAAGCUUGUCGACUCUUCCGGCGUGUGUUGCUUUGCUAGCUUCGUCCAACUAUCAGUGAGUUUACUGCGCGUUGCGGGGACCGAACGUUGGACGCUGCUCGCAAGUGUGCUCGCGUUAUUCGGUUAGUAAGGUUGAACGUGUUCGGUCUUUUAUUUGGUUGUGUUAACGUGGCGGCGAACGGGACGGACGCGAGCUAGCAGAAGAAAAGAAAGCAACGUUGCGAACAUGAUGAAAGGGGUAGGGCACUCGGUGGCACCUGGUCGUUCGCCCGGGGUCUUAUUUUAGCCACCACCAGCUUGCUAUUUAUCCGCAUGAUAAUGCUGUCAUUGUGGCUUAUUCGUGGCGUGACUAUUGCAGCAGAUAUCCGCAGUGGUAUUGUUUUAAUGCGCAGCUGAGUAGAAUUCAAGAGUCGCUUCAUUGUGGACAGAUCAGACUUGUUUACCAACAUCGAAGUUACAUCAAUUAGCUUUAAGUGCUCCAUAGUGAGAAAAGAGCUCUGCCGAUCAAAAGUGUCUUCAGUUAUCUUUCCAUGUUUUACCUACAAUGGUUUUUUUUAAAACGCUAAUUUCGCCGCCUGGAUCAUCAUGCAUCACUUGGCGCCCACAAGCAGCCAGCUGGGUUUCCUACCAAGCAUGUACACGUUCUCGGGGCCCACAAGCCUGCCUGAAUUAGAUCUUGGGCCGCCAAGUACUUCUGGCCAUCUACCAAGUGGGACGCUGUCAAACAACAGUUGGGAGACACGAUGCCUCAGGAAGCACAGGAGGAGAGUUGAUGAUGAAGGAUGUCUUGCCAAAAGGAGGAGAUUAACAGUGGAAACCGAGUUGGACAUUCCACACACCACCAGCAGGAGUCUUGACUGGCCCCCUCCAAAUAACAGUCCUCCCUUGUGUACACAACAAGUCAGCCAUGCUCCUCCGCAGCCAUGCCCAGCCCCUCACAAUCUGACUCCACUGCAGUCUUCCUCUUCCCCGUCCCGACCUGAGACGGAGAACUCGUGCAUGGAGAUCGAGGCGGCUCAGAGGAGACUGCGGGAGAUUGAAAACAGAAUAACGCUGGAGGACGAUGAUGAGGAUCUCGAUGUCGAGCCAGCCCAAAGAAGGCCGGUGCUGGUCAUCUCAGACAGUUUGAAGGAAGGCCUGCAGAGAGGCAUUAGCGACAUUCUCCCCCACACAGUAGCCCAAUCUGUGAGCCAUUCCUGCAUGGAGCUGGUGUUGUGGCGGCCACCGGAAGACCCCUUCUGUCGCCGACUCAAAGGCUCCUUACAGAAACAGAGGAAACAACAGACUGUUUUGCGACAGCCCCCCACUCCGUGUCCUUCGCCCACCCCGCACAGCGCACCUGCCGACACACGCUGCCCUCUCCCUAACUUUCCAGUCGCAGAAAGCUGCGGAGAGGAGGACAUGGAAAUGUAACACGGCACGGAUGUGUCUGGACAUCUCACGCUUGAGGCUAAUUUGGUCACUUGAAAAAUGUUGGCAUCACCCGCUGCUCUGGUUACUUUUGGUUUCAUAAUUAUAAACCCACACAAUUGGCAAUAUGAUUUGUUGCGUUUGUGCUUCAUCGCAACAUUCACACAGCCUGCGUCAGUUUCGAGGAAUUCAGUUUCAUCUUACCGGUUCAAAGCCUGGUAAACAUUACGCUGUUUGGAAGUGUUUUUGGUUAAUUACCAAUGGACAGCCUUUGAUUUUUGUACACUUUUGCCACCAUAAAUAGCAACAUAAUUCCUCAGUGUUCAUACAUGCUAACGUGCGUGUGUCUGUACAGAAAGCUGUAUUUGUUGUGAUUGAAGGAUGAUAUUUCGAUAUUGCUUAGCAAGUAUGCUAUAAGAGCUUUGAAGCGUUUUGAAGUCCUGGAAAUUCCCCUUUUAAUGAUAUAUGUUUUCCUAUAUAUUUGCACCACAUACCAAUGAGAUGUUCACUUUUUGUUUUUUCAAUAAAAUUGUGCUUCAUCCUG